AUGCCCUCGACGCUCAGGUUGGAGAAUCAGCUCAAAGCACUGAUCAAGAGCAAACAGAUGGCCCAGUUGGAUUCCUGGCACCAGUCUUUUCAAGCAGCCCGGGCCUUGUUGAGGAACCGCUUGGGGCUGACAGGUCUGGCCUUCUUCAGCGACUUGCUGCCGUGUCUGCUGCCGCACUCCGAUGGCCAUCGCCUACUGCGGGGCCUGGCCGAUGGCCUCGACAGCCUCGACAGCCUGGACCGGGACCACCGCAGCCAGCAGCAGCAGUGCCUGCAGGGUCUGGCGCGGCUGGCGGGCCACGCGGCGCAGGACGCGCGCUUAGCCUUGCAGCGCAUCUUGGAGGAGGGGCAGAGGGGCAAUGCGCUGGGAAGUGACAUCUUUUGGUCUCUGAGACGCCCGCAGAUGGAGGAUUUCGGGAAGGGGAUUGCUUUUGUGCUCGAGAUCAUCGAUAGCAAUGGAAUCUUCAAGGAGUGCUACCAGUUGAUCACACCUGCGUUUGGUAUGUCCGCCUUUGAAGGUUUGCUGGAGGUGGCACACCAGACAGGACAGGAGCCGAAGCUCGGCCAAGAAUUCUGCAAGCGGGUGGGCGCGGCAAAUUUCCAGCAGCUUCCAUGCAGUUCCUGGAUGGAGUGGCAGGGCGACAACGGCACUCCCAGCUCCUUGCCGCACCUCCUGUACUUUGCGUUCCGUUCAACCACGGGCCGCAAGCUGCUGGAUCUGGGGAAUUGCCUGGAACAGCUGCGGAGGGAGGCCCAGCGGACGUCCCUCCCGGGCAAUGCCUACGCCUCAGUGCGGGCGGUGGCACGGCGGCAUUUGCUGCUGGAGGCGGCUGCGGCGCAGGCGGUGCGGCCUUUGGUCGCCCGAGACGGUCAGGUGCUGCUGCAGCUGCUGGGGUCCUGGGAGGAGGAGGAGCUGCUUUACUUCUUCGACGGCCUGGUGCGACACGCGGGCUCCAAGGCCAAUGCUGCCAGAGCCCUUCGGCAGCUGGUUGGGGAGAAGCCUCCAGCGGUGCGAGCCUGGGAAGGCGCGCUGGCCAAGGCGGAGGUGGCAGGAGGUGCUGGGGAGAACCCAUGGGAGGACUUGCCCAUCACUGGAAUGCCAGGCUUCGAGAAUGAGAGGCUGCGUCGCCAGCGUGAGGAUCAGGAACAGGAGCGCCUGGAUCAAAUGCACGCGUCCCAGAACGCCAGAUGCUGCCCACAUUGUGGCCGCAUCAUUGAAAAGAACGCCGGCUGCGAUGUGAUGACUUGCGGAAACCACGCUCAUCAGCGACUCCAGCAUGGUGAAGGUUGCGGCCGGGAGUUCAAUUGGUCGCAGGCACGACCAUACCGCCCCACCUUGUCAGAGGCCCGCCAGCCAGCAGGCUACUCAGCCAUCCUCGCGUGGCUGACAAGCGAGACCUUCGCGCCCUCUGCGCAAACAGCCGAGGCGGCCCUUGCGGGCUUGUGCCUCGAGGACCGGCGCUACGCCUUCGCAAACGCUGCGGCCUGUGGCCUGCUGAAGCGCGGGCAGAGCCAGCCAGUCCUGGCAGAGGCACUGCGGUCAGAUGCUGCUCUGCAGCAAGCGCUGGGCUUUCAAGACCCGCGCCUCGCGCACGUGGCCGCCGUGCUUUGCGACACCUCUGCCCUCAGGUCUUCGAGCCUCGCAGCGGCGGUGCUGGUGGGCCGAGAUGGCUGGGACGGUGCCGCUGGUGGCGCAGGGGCGGAGCAAAACUACAAGCUCAGGAAUGCACUGGUAAACCUUUUGGUCGCAGUGCUGGGCAGUCCUGACAACAACCACUUGACCAUGCUGCUCUUGGAGCCUUUGGCCAUGUUGAACACCUUUCCUGUCGGCUUCUGCUUCGGAGCUUUGCCUGGACCCGAAGGCUACCACUUUGACUGUGGCUGUGUUUUGGACGCAGCUGGCUGUGCAGGAAGGAAUCGACCUCCUUUGGAAAACCGGCAUUUGCACUUCGUCAACUUCUGCAGUUGGGCCAUGCUCUCCAUCGGCCUCUUGGUAUUUCCAGAGAACUGUCAGCACAUCGACCAAGUGCUGACGAUGAGGUACAUGGGCGAAGUCGAACCGUCUGGAAGAAACGUGCCUGAGAAUGCUCGCACCUAUUCCAUGAACUUUGCCCUCCGUUGCUUCGAGUGCAUUUGUGCUCAACAAGGGCUCUCUGAGGAUGAUCGAGGCUUAUGCUUCUCGCAGCUAUCGCACCGCUUCCGCGCAGAGGUCUCGGAUGCUGGCUUCCAGGCUGCCCGGACCUUCGCCACAGCCGAGCAGCGGCAGCUCUAUGAGGGCACUUGGGGCAGGCUGGUGGAUGAGGUGCUGGGCAGCGUCGGGGAACUACAUCAAGAGGCACUGCGGACCUCGCAGGCGCAGGAGCAGUUGAUGCAGUUGCACGACUUCCGUGUGAGGAGGAGCUUCUUGCACUUCCGCUUUGAAGCGUGCAAGCUGGUGCUGCCAGCAGCCCCUGAGCUCUCCUUUGUGACUGCGCUGAUCACCCGUCAGGAGGAGCUCUCCCAUUUGCCGCUGCUGGCACAGAUCGUGGUGGUGCAGAACUGGAUUUUCGACCGACUCAACCGGGCGCUGCCGGAAUCAUGCCUGGACCAGCCGGUGCUGCAGCUGAUGAAGAAGCGACUCGCGAAAGACAAGGCCAUAGGCUCCGUGAGUGAUGCGCGGCACUGCGAGAUUGCGAUCUCGAGCUUCCAGCGAUUUGUGCAGGGCUGGAAGAAGUUCUACGCGGAGAAUGACGGGCAAAUCCCCAUUGAGUGCCAGGCGGCUCGUGCCAGGGCUGGCCUUGAGGCGCAGCAAACACGCCUGGAGGCCAUUGAGGACGACCAGAAGAUCCCGCUGAGGUUCUUCUUGAACGGAGACGCUGAAUGUCAGCCGCAAAUGGUGGCCAAGCACCUUUGCACCACUUGGAAUGAGCUGGUGGACAGCGCGGUGGCUUCCUUGGAGGGUCAGGGCGAUGGCUCUGCGGUGUGGGCCGGUCGGAUGAAGAGGGAGGUGCCGGUGUGGCUGGCGGACCUCUUCUUCCAGGAGCAGUUGGUGGAGACGCUGCAGAGCGAGACCUUGGAGCGCUCCGUGCUGCGCCAGCUGCGGGGAGCUCAGGGCCAGAUGCCCCGGGUGGAGUGGCCCGCCGUGCAGCAGGAGAUCUUGAGCUCCGCCUGGGUGCACCGCGUGCAGCGCCUGAACUUCCCCGAGGCCAGCGCCUUCCUGCCGCGCCGUGAGGGCGGCCAGGAGCAGCCGGAGGCCUUGGACAAGGAGAUGGAGGAGCAGAUCAUGGAGAGCUUGGCUCAGAUGCCUUUGCCAGACCUCCAGGGCUGUCGGGAGGUGGUGGCCCGCGUGGCUCUGCAGCUGGGUGAUGCAAACCAGUCGACGCUGGUGCUGGAGCAGGAGGAGAUUCGUUCUCAGCAAGAAGCGUGGCCACCCCAGGCAGUCCAGCUUCUGCGAGGCAUCAAGGUGGGAGCCCUGCGACGGCUCGGCCAGAUCCUGGACGAGGAAAAUGGCGAGUUCAGCCGUUUCUCCAGCGUGUUGGCGGUGCGGCCCUCGCCAGAGCUUGCCCAAGUGCUGACCGCCGUGCUGGCAUUUGGCCCGCCGGGGAGCCAAGCGAAAUUGGCGGAGAGAGACGCGCAGCUUCGGGAGACCAUGACGAAUCUGGAGGACGAUAAUUUCUGCAACUUCCUCAUGCGCCGCGAUGGGUUGCCCCUGCGAAGCAGCUACGAGACGGUCCAUGGGGAGGAGAGCCUUCUGUCCGAGCUGCCAGACGAUGUGUUGGGCUGCAACCUGGUGGCGGUCUUGCAACAGCUACGCCUUCUCAUGCGAGAGGUACGCGCGCAGAAGUCGGUGCUGGACCAGGCCACGGUUUGGGACCCGCGGCAGGGGCUGCAACGCUUGCUGGAAGAGGAGCACGCAGAGCCGGAAGAUUGGUGGGAAGGGCCCGAGCUGGAGAUGAACUCUGUCAUUGAGACGCAGCUUGAGGUGCCAAAGGAGCUGAUCCUCAGCCUGGUUUGCUGGGCUUGCGCGUCCGAGCGUGGCGUGGCACCGGAGGGCUCCAAGGAACUGCUGCGGCAGUGUGGCUUUGCGUCAGGAACUCGAGAAGCUGACAGGUGCGUGGAGAAGCUCUUGUGCAUGUAUGAGGAUCAGAUGAAGGAGCUGCGAAAGGAGGGCAGCACUGGCUGGCAGAGAUCUUUGUCCAGGAUCAAGCUGCAACCGUUGGAUUCGCUGCUUCACUACAAGGAGUGCAGCGUGGAGGGCCUGGGCAGGGAGCUGUGGAGGAUCGCCUGCUCCAAGCUCCGCGGCCCCGAUGCAGCUGACGGGGCGCAGGCUACCUGCGUCUUGCCCGACGCUUGGCAGCGCUUCGUGGCCGGGCCCUUCAGCGGCUGGGCGAGCGCGGAGCUGGAGGAGGCGAUCCGCGCCGUCGGCGGAUUUCCGGAGAUCGUGGAGGUGCCGCCGGAGGCGGAGGAGCGGACGGUGCAGGGCCAGGAGGUGCUGCUCAGCUUUCAGGGGCGCUACUACCAGCUGCUGCUGGACGUAGAGCCGGAGCCGGCGAAGGCUCAGACGGCUCUCCACACCGCAGCCCACAGCAUGCAGAAAGCCUGGCGCGCCCAUUCCGCUCGGCGUCAGGCCACCCAAAAGAAGGCAGCGGAGGAAGCUGCGAGAAGUUUGAAGGAGGACAGCCAAGAGGAGGCAGCGGAGAAGCCAGUGCAUGCUGUGAAUGAGGGCAGCCAAGAGGAGGCAGCGGAGAAGCCAGUGCAUGCUGUCAAGGAGGACAGCCGAGAGGAGGCAGCGGAGAAGCCAGUGCUUGCUGUGAAGCAGGACAGCCAAGAGGAGGCAGUGGAGAAGCCAGUGCCUGCUGUGAAGGAGGCCUGGUCAGAGCAGGCAACAAGCCAGCAGUUGAUUGCGAUGAAAGUCCAGUCCGAGGUGAGCUCAGAGUGGGACCUCGAAAGCCUGGCCUCAUGGCAGGUGGUGCCGGAGGCUCGCAGAUGUUGGCUGGAGCGCUUCGUGGCUUCCGCCCACGAUCUGCAGCCGUCGCUGUACGGCGCCUUCAUUCUGCCUGACUCAGAGGAAGGCCAGGAGCAGAAGUGUGCGGAGUGUUUCGAGCAGCUCAUGAAGUUGCACUUGCAAGACAAGCGGAAGAAUUGGGGAGCCGUGGCACGGAAGGAAUGUGGCAACUAUGCAAAGUCCAUCAUGAAGGCUCACGGCAAAGCCAAACCCUUCGGCCUGGAGCUGGACGAGCUCUUUGCGCUGGUCGCUUAUGCCUAUGACCAUCCCCCUGCCCCGCCGAGUGCCAACUUCUGGGCACUGCUGGGGUCUUUGGUCCGGGAGCGCCAGCUGCAAGAGGCUGGGCUCUUCCUGCGAUACUUCAAGCAGGCUGUGGAGAAGCGGAUGCAGCGGCAGCCCGAGGCGACCUUCCUCUAUUGCGCCAUGCCAGAGAUGAACCUCACCCUGGAGGAGGGCAUGUAUAUCUAUUGGCGGACUUUCACCAGUUGGACACGCCACUUGGAAGUCGCACGCUCUGCUGGUGCUGGCGUCAUCCGCCUGACAACCCACUGGGUUUGCGAAAUCUCAGAGUUCAGCGAGUAUUGCGUGCGAAAUCGCGUCUCCGAAGUGAUCCUGCAGCCAAACCAGGUGCUGAAGGUAGUUGCCUGUCCAGGCAUUUCUGAAGGCCAUGACAUCGCACUAGAUUUAUUGGAGGAGGAGGAGGGUGAACAAGAGGAGGAGGACCCCUUCUGAUUGGAUGUCUGUAUUGCAACAUGUUCAUUCCCGAGGGACUUUGCUGACAUCCUACAGAUGGAUGUUUGCAUUGCCACAUGUUUAUUCCCGAGGGACUUUGCUCAUCUCAUAUGAGUCAUAUGAGGAGACUGGUUUAAAUCUGCUGCACAAGGGUCGACCAAAACGGGUCGCA